AUGAUUGUGUCGAGUUCCUUCUCUGUUUUAGCAGUGCUCAUCAUAAACUUCUCCAAAGUGAAUGGGCAUCCUUACCAGCCUACGCCGACAACAGAUUUACGCGAAUUUAAUGCACGUAAAGAGCUGGCUAAUGCUCCACCAAACUGUUUCCCUGCCAUAGGAUUUACCAUGCCACAGUCUGUACCAUCGUCCCUCACCAACUGGUGGUGCGACCAUAGCACAGAAUAUGCAUUCGUCGGCUUCAGUUAUGAAGUCACUGCAUGCCAAAGCUUGUCGACAUUGACUAAAGAGUUCAAGGAUAUCAGAAAUACAUUCAAUGGUCGGUACGUCCGGAUUUACAGCGCUUGCGACAGGGAAGGAUUCUAUAACGAUGUAAUCAAUGCUGCAUGGAGCGCUGGCUUGGGCGUGCAUGCCCUUAUCUGGACCUUGAAAAUGCAGUUUGGGUGGGACGAUCCCAACAUUUGGAAGACGCGUAGAGAUGCUUUGUUGGGCAUCCUACAUUCAAAUGCAAAGGCGAAGUAUGUGGUCCGGGCACUGCAGUUUGGAUCAGAGCCUCUGUACGACUAUGCACUGGAUGCAGGUACCCUUGCUGCGCAGGUGACGGCGGCGAAGGCAAAUUUGUCAAGCCUGCACAUUCCAGUAACAAUUAGCGAGAUGGCCUAUGGAUAUCAAGAGGUAGCCUACCUAGAGUUUUCAAAAAAUCUAGGCUCAUAG